UACGAAACACACAAAGAGAGCGCCGCAACGCUUAACCACACUACUAUCUCCUCUGAGAUACAAAAUCUUUCAUAUCAACCGUCCGAUACAUUUCCACGUCAUCAAUCCGCGUGAAUUCGUAUUUCAACGGUUCAGAUCUUUGUUUCAGACCUACUGGCGUUAGCGAAGGAAAGAGGGUGUUUUCUCUAUUCUUCUUCUCACUGCUCAAUUUUUUUGUAACAAAAAAAAAUCGAAACCUUCAGAAAAAAAAUUCUUCAGUUUUUGGAUUCGAAAGAGUUUCAAGAUGAUGAAGGUAACAGAGGAAUUGAAGCAGCAAGUGGAAGAAAGCGAGGUUAUCGUUUUGAGUGAGAAUGACGAAGAAGAUGACUCUGUUGUUGAAGUAGAUGAUGGAGAAGACAGCGAAGAUGAUGAAGAGGAUGAUAACGAUGAACAAGACAAUGAAGAGGAAGAGGAUGACGAUGAUGAAGGUACUGGAGGUGGAGACGAUGAUGAGGAAGAUGAAGAAGUUGGAGCUGGUGAAGGUGCACGUGGUGGUGAUCCUGAUGAUGACGACGACGAUGACGAUGACGAUGAUGAAGAUGACGACGAUGACGACGACGAUGAUGAGGAUGAGGAAGAGCACGAGGAAGAGGAGGAAGAGGAGGAUUUGGGGACAGAGUACCUUGUCCGUCCUCUAGGCGCUGCUGACGAGGAGGAAGCUUCUAGCGAUUUUGAACCUGUGGAAAAUGGUGUGGAAGAAGAUGAAGUGGAAGAAGAUGAGGUGGAGGAAGAUGAAGGUAGCAGCGACGACGAUGAUGAUGAGAAGACCGAGGUUCCACCAAAGAGAAAGAGGUCGGACAAAGACGGUUCAGAUGACGAUGAUGGUGGAGAAGAUGAUGUUAGACCCUCUAAACGAUAGAGUUGGUCGAUUCUUUCUUGAGAACUAGUCAAUUGUAGGUCGACAACAUAUCACCCUUUGUCCUUUAAAAUACAUUCCAGAUAAGGGAUACACUAGUUCAUGAAAGUGUUGUUGCUAUAUUGUAUUGUUAUGGUGAAGUACUAUUAGGUUUACUAUAUUUGUCAGGUAAGUUAAGUGCAUAGUCAAUAGUGGGAUAAAAUAUGUUUGUAGGACAAAUUUUCAGACUUGAUUUUUAUCUUCCACCCACUUCUUAGAUCAGUAGAUUUAGUUCAUUACUAUUUCUGGUACUAUGAAAUUGUUCGUAUCUCUUUUGUUUUAUACAAAAGUUUUUGUUGCGUAAAA